AUGUGUGCCAUGAUCGACUCGCAGUCCGCCGAGAAGAUCAGCAGGAUGAAAAAGUUACGGAGAACUUUAUCGGAGAGCUUCGGCCGGAUCGCCUUGAAGAAAGAAGAGAGCAGCUUUGAUGAGAUAUGUGUCACAAAGAUGUCCACACGGAACUGCCAGGGCAUGGACUCGGUGAUCAAACCUCUGGACACAAUUCCUGAAGAUAAGAAGGUCCGGGUGCAGAGGACACAGAGCAGCUUCGACCCCUUUGAGAAGCCAACCAACCAGGUGAAGAGGGUCCACUCGGAGAACAACGCCUGCAUCACCUCCAGAACCUGCUCUGCGGGCAAGGAGUCGCCCAAGGUGCGCCGGCACUCCAGCCCCAGCUCCCCUACAAGCCCCAAGUUUGGGAAAGCAGACUCCUAUGAAAAGCUGGAGAAGCUGGGGGAAGGGUCCUACGCCACAGUCUACAAAGGGAAGAGCAAGGUAAAUGGAAAGUUGGUGGCACUGAAGGUGAUUAGAUUGCAGGAAGAGGAAGGAACCCCAUUUACUGCUAUCAGGGAAGCUUCUCUUCUGAAAGGACUGAAGCAUGCCAACAUUGUGCUGCUCCAUGACAUCAUCCACACCAAGGAGACCCUGACACUCGUGUUUGAGUACGUGCACACUGAUUUGUGUCAGUACAUGGACAAACACCCUGGAGGGCUUCACCCAGAGAACGUGAAGCUGCUGCUGUUCCAGUUGCUGCGCGGCCUCUCCUACAUCCACCAGCGCUACAUCCUGCACAGGGACCUGAAACCACAGAACCUCCUCAUCAGCGACACCGGAGAGCUGAAGCUGGCAGACUUCGGUCUCGCAAGAGCUAAAUCAGUGCCCAGCCACACCUAUUCCAACGAAGUGGUGACCCUGUGGUACAGGCCUCCAGAUGUCCUUCUGGGAUCCACAGAGUAUUCUACCUGCCUUGACAUGUGGGGUGUGGGUUGUAUCUUUGUAGAGAUGAUCCAAGGGGUUGCUGCUUUCCCAGGAAUGAAAGACAUCCAAGAUCAACUCGAAAGGAUAUUUCUGGUACUUGGAACACCAAAUGAAGACACGUGGCCUGGAGUGCACUCCUUACCCCACUUCAAACCAGAGCACUUCACACACUACAGCCCGAAAAACCUUAGACAAGCAUGGAACAAGCUCAGCUACGUGGCUCACGCAGAAGACCUCGCCUCCAAACUGCUCCAGUGCUUCCCAAAGAACAGGCUGUCAGCACAGGCAGCCCUGAGCCAUCAGUACUUCAGUGACCUGCCCCCACGGCUAUGGGAGCUGACUGACAUGUCUUCUAUUUUUACUGUCCCGAAUGUAAGGCUGCAGCCAGAGUCUGGGGAAAGCAUGAGAGUCUUUGGGAAGACCAACAGUCAUGGCAAAGGUGUCCCCAACAGCAAGCACUGA